AUGGGCAAGCAGCACAUUUGGAGCGUUUUUCUUGGCCUGCUGCUGCUGGAGCAGUUGGUGGCCGGGACGAAGGCAGCCAAUCUGGCGCAGCUGGUUAAGAAACAGAGUCAGCAAAAGCAGGGGCAACCAGUUCUCCAACUGCAUCCACAGCAGCAGCAGCAACAACAGCAGCAGCAGGCUGGACAGCAGAUCCAUGCCCAGCAGUAUGUCCAGGAUAGCAUGGCUGAGCAGCAGGAUCUGAAGGCGGAGGAGGAGGAAGACCACGAUCCCUAUCAACUGCUGCAGGAUGCAAAGCAGGAGUCCAGGCUACCCAGUUCCGCCAACUAUCCCUGGAGUUCGUAUGCCGCUUCUCAGGGGAUUCCCCCAAAUCCCUACGAGGCCAUGCCCAAGAUGCUGCCCUUUAUAGGGUACGCCCAGCCGGUGCUCAUCCCAUUUCCCCUUUACCUGGCUCCGGAUAUGUUCUAUCCCGCCUUUUCCGGUGCCAGCAAUGACCUCGAGGACGUGGUGAUGUCGAGAGCAGCAGGUGGACGUCGUCCGGCCGCUAGUCAUUCGUCGCCCGCCCGCAAUUCACCCAUUUACUACGUCCGGCUGCCGCCAACUCCGUACAUGUUUGUGCCUAAUAUGCCGACGGCACCCUUUGGCGGAGGAUUCUCCCCGCUCCUAACCUACCAGCCCAUGCCCUCGUUCUCUGCCUACGGAUCUGUGUUUAACCUGCCUGUGAACUUCCUGGCCAACGGCAAGCCUACAGGCAUCUACCAGGUUGAUGGAUCCCCGUCAGAGGGUCUGGGAUCACUGGGAUCAUCUGGCAGCUUGGGCAGCGGUACAUUUGGAUUGCGACCUCCCACACCCAGCAAUCCAUUCAGGCCCAUGUCGUCGCCUUCGGUCGGCGGCUAUGGGAAUUCACCGCAGAGCUUCGGUCUCGCCUCGAUGCCGGUGCCGCAGCAGGACUCCAAGCUGACCUCCCUGAAGAGGCCCUUUGUGUUCAACGGUCGUCCUGAGGACAUCUACAUCCUGCCCAACAACCUGAGUCCCUGGAACAACGAACCGAGCUACUACUGA